CGCACCCAAGUGACAUCUUCUCAUCACCACUAUCGUCGUCGUCCACCGAAUCGAACCGUCGUUCUCUCAAUCAAGGUCUCCUCCCGCCGCCAUCGCUUGCUGCAGCCUACCAAGACAGAAGCCAGAUACCCUCGAAUUUUCAAAUUUACCGAGCCGGAUUCCAACCGACUUCACGUGCUGCUAUCCUGCUGCCAUCGACUCGUUGCUGUCGACAACUCCGUUCGCUAUCGUCACAAUCGUCAUCAUUGUGAGAAAUACUCCAGCAGCAAGGUCAGGCCCGCCGGCAAAAGAAGCCAAGUACACUCCAAUUACUCCACCGAAGUCGGUCACUUCACCCGAGUAACCGGUGACAGCAGCCCAUCUCCGCCUCGGCUUACCUCAGGCUCUCCCACCUCCAAAAGCCCCCUUUCCCCCUCAACUUUGCGAAGAAGCACCCGAAUCCCUUGGUCAGGGCCCCAGUAAUCCGACAACAUUCGAUCAGCCAUGUCCGCCGCCGUCGCCUCCGUCCCGGCCCCAGCGCCAAAGAAGCUGGAAAAGAAGCCCGUCAAGUUCUCCAACUUGCUUCUGGGUGCCGGUCUCAACCUCUUCGAGGUCACCACGCUCGGCCAACCCUUGGAGGUCAUCAAGACCACCAUGGCUGCCAACCGCAGCGAUAGUUUUGCCUCUGCCCUCCGCCGCAUCUGGAACCGUGGUGGUAUCUUUGGCUUCUACCAGGGUCUUAUCCCAUGGGCCUGGAUUGAGGGCUCCACCAAGGGUGCCGUGCUCCUCUUCGUUGCCUCCGAGGCCGAAUAUCAUGCUCGUGCCGCCGGCGCCGGUGACUUCGUUGCCGGUAUCACCGGUGGUAUCGUUGGUGGUGUUGCGCAGGCGUAUGCCACCAUGGGCUUCUGCACCUGUAUGAAGACGGUCGAGAUUACCAAGCACAAGAUGAGCGCCUCCGGCCAGAAGGCCCCCGGCACUUGGGCCACCUUCAUGGACAUCUACCGCCGCGAGGGUAUCCGCGGUAUCAACAAGGGCGUCAACGCCGUUGCCAUUCGCCAGAUGACCAACUGGGGUUCCCGUUUUGGCCUCUCCCGCCUUGCUGAGCAGGGUAUCCGCAAGGCCACCGGCAAGGAGGAGGGACAGAAGCUGGCCGCGUGGGAGAAGAUUCUCGCCUCCACCCUUGGUGGUGGUCUUUCUGCUUGGAACCAGCCCAUCGAGGUCAUCCGCGUCGAGAUGCAGAGCAAGAAGGAGGACCCCAACCGCCCCAAGAAGAUGACUGUCGGCAACACCUUCAGGUACAUCUACCAGACCAACGGCAUCAAGGGCCUGUACCGCGGUGUCACCCCCCGCAUUGGUCUUGGUAUUUGGCAGACCGUCUGCAUGGUUGCUUUCGGCGAUAUGGCCAAGACCUACGUCGAGAAGUUGACCGGCGAGGCCGUCACCGCGAAGCACUAAACGCAUAAUUAACGCCGGCGCUGAUCGAGAUCGCGUUAUUUGUCUUUUCUUUUUCUUUUUGUUUUCUUUUUUCAUCUUCAAAUAUUCGGUUGAUCGGUCGGGUUGGUUUGGUCGGUAGGUUCAGGAGGAUGGAUGGACGGGAUGGGUUCUGUCCUCAUACGACAUCUUUAUAGAGAAAUUUUUCUGUUACCAAGGAAACGGAAAUGGGCGUGGUUGGUGCGGUGUGGGUCAUUUGUUUGGUUUUGGGGAACGGUCUCACGCGCAGGUCCUCCUUCUCCAACUGGUACAUCCAAGAUCUCUGGUAUUCCAAGACUGAACUUCGUUGUUGAUCUUGGUCAUGUCUCUUAUUUCACGCCUUAACGAUUUUGAUGAGAUGGGCAGAAACGGAUGCCAGGUGUCGAUGCUUGGAGUUGAUCGACAUUAACAGAUGAUUCAGUCGGUGAUAAUCGGUGGCUUAUGUAGUAGAGGGCGAUAUAGAUACACAACGCGAUGUGUCACGAAGCGUUUCGGUUAUUUCCGAAUGUAAGUCAAGUUAUAUGAUUUUGCCCCGUA